GUGGGCUAUCAUAACGAACACCAUGACUUCCCCAACAUUCCUGGAAAAGACCUGCCCUUGAGGUUGGACUUGGAGCAGAACCCAGAGAGGUCCGCGCAGAGCCAUGGGCAGCCGCGUUUCUCGGGAAGAUUUUGAGUGGGUCUACACGGAGGAGCCGCAUGCGCAGAGGAGACGGGAGAUCCUGGCAAAGUAUCCAGAGAUAAAAUCCUUGAUGAAACCUGACCCUAACCUGAUAUGGAUCAUAACCAUGAUGUUUCUUGUCCAGUUGGCUUCGUUUUACUUAGUUAAAGACUUGCAGUGGAAAUGGGUCAUAUUUUGGGCCUUUGUCUUUGGCAGCUCCAUUAACCACUCAGUCACUCUGGCUAUCCAUGAGAUUUCCCACAAUUUCCCCUUUGGCCACCACAGGGCCCAGUGGAACCGCUGGUUUGGAAUAUUUGCUAAUCUCCCUUUUGGGAUUCCAUAUUCAAUUUCCUAUAAAAUGUAUCACAUAGAUCACCACCGAUACCUUGGAGCUGCUGGUAUUGAUGUGGAUGCUCCUUCUGACUUUGAGGCCUGGUUCUUCUGCACCACUUUCCGGAAGCUUAUAUGGGUUGUUUUUCAACCUUUGUUUCUUUUUCUUCGACCUUAUUUCAUCAAUCCCAAACCAAUUACUUACCUGGAAACCAUCAAUAUUGUGUCCCAGGUCACUUUUAACAUUAUAGUUUACUAUGUUUUUGGAAUUAAAUCUUUAAUCUACAUGUUGGCAGCCUCUCUACUUGGCUUGGGUUUGAACCCAAUUUCUGGGCAUUUAAUAGCUGACCACUACAUGUUCUUUAAGGGGCAAGACACAAACUCAUAUUAUGGGCCUUUCAACUUUUUCAUGUUCAACGGAGGCUAUCACAAUGAACAUCAUGACUUCCCCAAUAUUCCUGGAAGCCGUCUUCCACAGGUGAGGAAGAUUGCAGCUGAGUACUACGAUGAGCUACCACAUCACAACUCCUGGGUGAAGGCACUGUAUGACUUUGUGAUGGAUGACACAAUGAGCCCCUACUUGAGGAUAAAGAGGCCUCAGAAAGGGAACGAGAUUCUAAAUAAAUAACCAUCACCAGGGCUGGAGAAAACUGCUCCCAAGAGCUCUAUAAUAGCUGUCAAUGUGGAAAUACCUGUCCCAUUCUGUUUCUCUCACUGGUAAUUUAACUUAGAGCACCGUACAUGCUCAUCAAGACCUCUGCCAAUGAGCUAUCCUCCGAGGCUGGAUUUUUGUCUGGUUAAAUUUGGGAUCAGUGAUGGUCAGAGCUAUCUUGCUACAAUUUAAACUCAGAUCUCCAUGAAAUCAAGAAUUCACUCUAGUUUUCAGUCAACCUGACUGUUACAGUGCUCAGCUCUGCCUAUAGGACACUUGUUUAUUGAUAGUGAAUUAUCAUUUCUUGUGAUGUCUUCAUCUAUGUCUAUAACUCUGUAAGUACAUCAUGAAAUGGCUACUUUAGUACGUGAUUUAUAACAUUAAGUUUUA